CUCUCUAUAUAUAUGUAUAUUACCCCUGUUAAACAAGAAGACUUAGCAAACAAUAUGGCAGAAGAAGUAAAGCUUUUCAAGACAUGGUCAACCCCUUUUGGUUUAAGGGUUGUUUGGGCGUUGAAGCUCAAAGGUAUAGAGUAUGAAUCAAUAGAUGAAGAUCUAUCCAACAAGAGUGCUCUGCUUCUUCAGUACAAUCCUGUGUACAAGAAAGUCCCAGUUCUUGUUCACAAUGGAAAGCCAGUCUCAGAAUCACUUGUGAUUCUUGAAUAUAUUGAUGAGACAUGGAACCAGAAUCCGCUAUUGCCCGAAGAUCCUUUCGAGAGAGCCAGGCAACGGUUCUGGGCCAAGUUCAAUGAGGAAAAACUUUUACCAACAAUAAUGGCCAUUUUCACCAAGGAAGGGAAAGAUCGAGAGGAAGCGAUGGCCGCAUGGGUGGAGAAUCUGAAGUUCGUUGAAGAAGAGCUGAAAGGGAAGAAAUUCUUCGGCAGCGAGAAGAUAGGACUGGCAGAUCUCGUUUUCGGUUGGAUGGCUAACUUGAUCGGUAUUUUUGAAGAGGUAACUGGCUUGAAAAUAGUUGAUGAGAGAUAUCCACUAUUGUUGGCAUGGAUGCAAGAGUUUUAUGAACACCCUGUGAUUAAAGAUACAUGGCCUCCCCAUGACAAGAUGAUCAUCAAGUGGCAAGCACUUUAUGAAAACUACCAUCCUGCAAAAUAAUCCCUUUGUGAGAUCUUUCCAUGAAUUUUUUACAUUAUAAUUUAGGCAUCAUAUUGCUGCAAUAAAUUCAAAACUGUUUGUCAAGGCAAGGCCUUCAAGAUAAUAUAUAUAUGUAUAUGAAUGUGUCAACAUGUAAGCAUGUAUUUGCGCAUCUAAUUAGCAAAAUGAAUCUCUGUACUUUUUCA